GACAAUUCGGUCUUUAUCUCACCCAACAUCGUGAAACUAACCUCAAAGCGUGUGUUUUUUGGGAAACGGGACAAAAAUUGGCAAUAUAAUCAAUUGAAUUACCUGAAGCAAUUGGGAUUUAGUUUUAAUUAUUGUUGAUACCGAUUGACGGAAAAUUUGUGGAAUUUCGAAGUUUGUCGAGACUAAAUUCAUCCAAAAUGUGUCGAAGACUCGUAAAAAUGUUGCACAAGGGUGCUGGUUGUGGCACUUUUUUCAAAAAUUCCGCCAAAUCAAUUCGUUUGGUGAACAGAGGAUGCACAAAUCGACCAUUUUACCAUAUUGUCGUCGCUGAGAAAUUCCGUGAAGUGAAAGACCAGGCGAUAGAACAAGUCGGUUCGUAUGACCCAAUACCAAAUGAACACAAUGAAAAACUUGUGGCAUUGAAUAUGGAACGCAUUCGAUAUUGGCUGGCUGAAAAUAAAGUAAGAGUUUCACCACCGGCAGCAGAAAUUUUCGGUUUGGCCGGUUUGUUCCCAGUUGCACCAUCAACAUGCAUGAAGGCAUGGAGGAAUCGUAAACGUGAUGCAGAGCUAGAAGCAAAUAAUAAAGCCGAAGCCCAAGAGACAUCAUAAUAAAUAAUAGCAUUACCGUCAUAUUUUUUUAAAAAUCUUUAUCAUUUGUAUAAAACUUUUAGUAUUCUAAUAAAAUUGAAUUAGCUGUGUUUACAAAA